CCGCCCCCACCGCCUGGGAGCGAUGGCGGCGAUGGAGGCGGUGAAGAUGGCGUCGCCCAAGAGCGCGCCCAAAGACGCUCAGGUGUGGGGUUGGGAGGGGAGUCGGGGAGAGCGGAGAGGGGCUGCCGGGGACCCCCACCCCCUGGGCUUGCAGGGGCUGCAGCUGCAAGGAAAACGGUUGCAUUUCCUGCUUGCAGCCCAGUUUGCAGCCCGUAACGGGGAUCCUCUCUCUCACGCGCCCUUCUGCUCUCUUGGUUUGCACAGGUGAUGGCCCAGAUCCUGAAAGACAUGGGGAUCACGGAAUAUGAGCCACGGGUUAUAAAUCAGAUGCUGGAGUUUGCAUAUAGUAAGUUGUCUCCAUGCUGUGUGGGUUUUUGUUUUUUUUAAAAUUAAACAAAAUGUUGCCUCCAUGUCAAAGGUUUGGGUCAAUUUGCCCCCGCCAGGUAGGAGUAAUAAUAAUAAUAAUAAUAAUUUAUUAUUUAUACCCCGCCACUCUGGCGGGGUAUUAUUUAUACCCCGCCACUCUAUUAUUUAUUCUUUUCCCCAGCCACUCUGGGCGGCUCCCAAUCAAAUGUUAAAAACAAACAGCAUUAAAUAUUGAAAACUUCCCUAAACAGGGCUGCCUUCAGAUGUCUUUUAAAGAUAGGAUAGCUGCUUAUUUCCUUCACAUCUGAAGGGAGGGUGUUCCACAAGGUGGGCGCCACCACCGAGAAGGCCCUCUGCCUGAUUCCGUGUAACCUCACUUCUCACAAUGAGGGAUCCACCAGAAGGCCCUCAGUGCUGGACCUCAGUGUCCGGGCUGAAUGAUGGGGGUGGAGACUCUCCUUCAGGUAUACAGGACCGAGGCCGUUUAGGGCUUUCAAGGUCAGCAUCAACACUUUGAAUUGUGCUCGGAAACGUACUGGGAGCCAAUGCAGAUCUCUCAGGACCGGUGUUAUGUGGUCCCGGCGGCCACUCCCAGUCACCAGUCUAGCUGCCGCAUUCUGGAUUAAUUGCAGUUUCCGGGUCACCUUCAAAGGUUGCCCCACAUAGAGCGCAUUGCAGUAGUCCAAGCGGGAGAUAACUAGAGCAUGCACCACUCUGGCGAGACAGUCUGCGGGCAGGUAGGUUCUUAGCCUGUGUACAUACAGUCAUACCUCAUGUUACGUCCGCUUCAUGUUACAUUCUUUCAAGUUACGUCCUGUGGCGACCCAGAAGUAUCAGACAGGGUUACUACCAGGUUUCGCCGCUUGUGCAUGUGCAGACGCGCAAAAUGAUAUUACGCGCUUGUGCAGAAGCGGUGAAUCGCAACCUGUGCAUGCGCAGACGCACCGCUGCGGUUUGCGCUCUUUUCAUGUUGCAAACGGGCCUCCAGAAUGGAUCCCGUUAGCAACCAGAAGUACCACUGUACAGUGGACGCUCGGGUUGCGAAUGUGAUCCGUGUGGGAUGCACAUUCGAAACCCGCAUCUGUGCAUGCACGGGUUGCGAUCCAGCGCUUCUGCGCAUGUGCAAAGCGCGAUUUAGCACUUCUGCACAUGCACGGCUGCCAAAACCCAGAAGUAACCCUUUCCGGUACUUCUGGAUUUCGGCAGUCCACAACCCAAAAAAACGCAACCUGAAGCGCGUGUAACUCGAGGUAUGACUGUAUUGUCAUAGGAAUUCUAAGGUCUCCGAUAUAUGUUGAUAAUUGCACAAGGCAAACACACCUUGGGCCUUGAAGCCCUGGUACAAAGUAGCACAGGAGAAAUUGGUGAGAGUGCCAGCAGCUAGCAGAGAGAAAUUGCUUUAUUCUGAACUUCCCUCUUUACCCAGAAGUCUGAGCUCCUGGCAGAACCAACUUUCUGUUGUUAUAGGAAUUCUAAGGUCUCAAAUAUAAAAGACAUGUUGAUAAUUGCACAAGGUAAAAACACGUACAUAAGUAUAUAAACCACAUAUCUAAAACAGUACAGGAGAGCAAUCCGAAAGCCAUCUUGGCUCUCGCUAAAGACUCAAUAUUUCCUCUGCCUCCUUAAUCCCCCUUGCCUGAACAGGUAGGCAGAUAGCAAUCAGGGGAAUUUCCUGAAGGGAUUCCUCUCCUAUAUUUAUGAACCUCCUUUGUAUUAAUUGGGAUUGUUUGCUCAGAUGCUCUGCACUGAAGGAUGUCUGAUAGGCAUCUUGAUUGUCAUAUCAAAUGCCAAUGUUUUGUGUAAACCAUGUCUGGAACUAUGUGAAACUUGCCAGAUCCUCAGGAACAUCACUUUGGCCUGCCUGAGCCACAGCAACCCCACUUUAGUUGUGAUGUAAUUUCUGACUGUUUGUAUAGGGGAUGUGCUUCUUCUCUGUGCCAAAAUGCAAACCUUAAAAAGAGAGGUUUCUACUUGGUUUGGGGUCUUUCUUGCCUCCUUGCAAGGAGGAGAGGGAACUCUGUUGCAACAGAAAAAUAAAUAGAACUCUGUUGCAACAGAAAAAUAAAGAUCUACCUUGCUUUCACUGCCUCCUGCCUCCAUCCAUUCAUCUCUGACCAAUCAGGGACUUAGAGGAUUCAGUCCCUUGGGGGAGUUGGGCAGCAAAAGCCAACCCACCCCAUUUUUUCUAUAUCACCCCCAACUUGGAUGGCUUUAAGAGAGGAUCGGAGAAUAAUAAGGCUUCCAGUGGCUGCUGUGGGCUGCCUCCACUUUCAGAGGCACUUUCGGAACCACUGUUAGUGUCAAGAUGCCGUCAGCAGCUCCCGGCUGGUUGCCCAGGAAAGUAUAGAGACAAGGAAAAGUUUCUUACAGUCCUUUUUCAUUUCACUCUUUACAGAGAGAGGCUAUAGAACCCAGCCUCUUGGAUAAAAAUAAGAAUAAGAAUAAUUUAUUAUUUAUACCCCGCCCAUCUGGCUGGCCUUCCCCAGCCACUCUGGGUGGCUUCCAACACAAUACAGUGGUACCUCGGGUUACAUACGCGUCAGAUUACAUACGCUUCAGGUUACAGACUCCGCUAACCCAGAAAUAGUACCUUGGGUUAAGAACUUUGCUUCAGGAUGAGAACAGAAAUCGUGCUCCGGCGGCGCGGCAGCAGCAGGAGGCCCCAUUAGCUAAAGUGGUGCUUCAGGUUAAGAACAGUUUCAGGUUAAGAACGGACCUCUGGAACGAAUUAAGUACUUAACCCGAGGUACCACUGUAUUAAAAUACAGUAAUGCUUAAUGGAUAAUGGUGUUGUCGCUUGUGAAUCUCCACCCCCGUCUCUCCCACUUCCUCAUUUGUCAUCAUGCCCUCUGCCUUUGAGCUCUUUGCUCUCCUACUUUUAAGGCUCGCCAGGUUCUGGGAGAUGGAGGGUCUGGAAUGCUUUCUGAUGACAACGCGUCAGCCAGGUGUUGUUCUGGCUCUCCCAUGAUCUCCCAACGUUCCCCGUCAUCUGUCUCUGAGCUGCGACCUCCCUCAAACCCCUGUUGUAAAUCUUUACUGUCUUCCUCCUCCUCCUCCCUGGAAAGGUGAGGAUGGGGAGGCGAUCUCCACCAUUCCUCCUCUGCCCAGUCCCUGACAGUUAGGAAUGGGCUAGCUGCUAGGCACAUUUUGCACCUGGCUAUCUGCCACUUGCGACCAAGUGAAGAUGCCGGGGCGCCAGAAUGGUGCCUGAUGUCUCCACCAUCUGGAGGAGCGUGCCUGGGGAUCCUUGGAUCGCAACUGUUUUCGCACACUAAUCCCCUAUCCUGUAAUAAUAAUAAUAAUAAUAAUAAUAAUAAUUUAUCAUUUGUACCCCACCCGUCUGGCUGGGUUUCCCCAGCCACUCUGGGCCAACAAAGAUUAAAAAUACAUUAAAAUGUCACACAUUAAAAACUUCCCUCAACAGGGCUGCCUUCAGAUGUCUUCUGAAUGUCAGGUAGUUGUUUAUCUCUUUGACAUCUGAUGGGAGGGCGUUCCACAGGGUGGGCGCCACUACCGAGAAGGCCCUCUGCCUGCUUCCCUGUAACUUGGCUUCUCGUAGGGAGGGAAUCGCCAGAAGGCCCUUUGCGCCGGAUGAUGGGGGUGGAGACGCUCCUUCAGGGAUACAGGACCGAGGCUGUUUAGGGCUUUAAAGGUCAGCACCAACACUUUGAAUUGUGCCCGGAAACGUACUGGGAGCCGAUGUACCGGUAGGUCUUUCAGGACCAAUGUUAUGUCGUCUCAGCGGCCGCUUCCAGAUCCCAGUCUGGCUGCUGCAUUCUGGAUUAGUUGUAGUUUCCGGGUCACCUUCAAAGGUAGCCCCACAUAGAGCACAUUGCAGUGGAAUUCUACCCAUUAUAUAUUAUCUAAACAAUCAGAAGUGAGUUUCAGGAACCAAAAAACCAUAUUGAAAAAUAUGGUUUUUGAGCCAUCGGGCCCCAAAAAUGGCAACUAGACUUUCUGUUUUGGCAACUGUAGCCCUUGUUUAAGUUGCCAUUUGGCGCCCAGCUUAUAUAUCUGAGUUUCUGUCACUGUUCUGAACACGGAUUUGCUGGGAAUCGCAAGUGGGGAAUCGCAAGUGUUGUCCUCAGGUCCUGCGUAUGGGUUUCCCAGAAGAGGCGCCUUGUUGGCCGCUGUGUGAACAGGAUACUGGGCUAAAUGAGCCUUUGGCUUGAUCCUGCAGGCCGCUCUUAUGUUCUUGCAUUCUGGCUUUUACUUCCUUACAGGAUAUGUGACAACCAUCUUGGAAGAUGCCAAAAUUUAUUCCAGUCACGCAAAGAAGUCGAGCGUCGAUGCAGAUGAUGUGAGGCUGGCUAUCCAGUGCAGGACAGACCAGUCAUUCACUUCGCCGCCACCCAGAGAUGUAUGUUUUAACUGUUUUAAUUAUCCUUUAACUGUUAUUAUUAUUAUUAUUACCUUGCAUGUAAAGGGCCUUGAGAUGGCAGUUUGAAAGGCGAUUAAUACAUCAGUGAUGUUUUAAUACAUCAAUGGCUCUGGAACUUUCUAAAUCAUCAUGUGAGACAGUGGUACCUUGGGUUAAGCACUUAAUUUGUUCUGGAGGUCCGUUCUUAACCUGAAACUGUUCUAAAUCUGAAGCACCACUUUAGCUAAUGGGGCCUCCUGCUGCUGCCACGCCGCCGGAUCACAAUUUCUGUUCUCACCCUGAAGCAAAGUUCUUUACCCGAGGUCCUAUUUCUGGGUUAUCGAAGUCUGUAACCUGAAGCGUAUGUUAACCCGAGGUACCACUGUAUUGGGGAAAGGAAAGGAUUCUUAUUAUAGCCAUACAUGAGCAUAAAAGGUAAAGGGACCCCUGACCAUUAGGUCCAGUCGUGGCCGACUCUGGGGUUGCGACGCUCAUCUCGCUUUAUUGGCCGAGGGAGCCGGCGUACAGCUUCCGGGUCAUGUGGCCAGCAUGACUAAGCCGCUUCUGGCGAACCAGAGCAGCGCACGGAAACAGCGUUUACCUUCCCGCCGGAGCGGUACCUAUUUAUCUACUUCCACUUUGAGGUGCUUUCGAACUGCUAGGUUGGCAGGAGCAGGGACCGAGCAACGGGAGUUCACCGUGUCGCGGGGAUUCAAACCGCCGACCUUCUGAUCGGCAAGUCCUGGGCUCUGUGGUUUAACCCACAGCGCCACCCACGUUCCCUAUACACGAGCAUAGCUCUGUGCAAAAUUAAGGUGAGCAGGGUAGACAGGGCCCUGGGGUGUGUUUGGAAGUCAAGCAAGGCCAUCGCCUUGCUCAACUAAGCUGGUUGGAAGUGCCUGGGUAGAUCACUUGGGAGCCACAUAUAUAUAAUUCUGGGUCCUAUUAUGGAAGGAAGGUGGCAGGUAAACAAUAUCUAACCAAGCAAAUAAAAGGUAGCAGGGAGAGGCUAAGGAUAAGAGAGGCUAAGGCCCCAUCCACACCUUGCAUUUAACGCGCUGCGAUAGCACUUUAAACAGUGUUGACUUCCCCCUCAAAGAAUUCUGGGAGGUGCAGUUUGUUAACGCUGAGUUGUUUGGAGAGCUCUUUUCCCCCUCUCAGUUUUCAAGAGAUACACUGGUGCCCCGCAAGACGAAUGCCUCGCAAGACGGAAAACCCGCUAGACGAAAGGGUUUUCCGUUUUGGAGGUGCUUCGCAAAACGAAUUUCCUAUGGGCUUGCUUCGCAAGACGAAAAUGUCUUGCGAGUUCCUGCGGGUUCCCCCCCCCUUUUCCCCAAGCCGCUAAGCCGCUUAUCAGCUGAUCUGCUAAGCCGCUAAGCCGCUUAACAGCUGAUCGCUAAGCCGCUUAACAGCUGAUCCGUUAAGCCACUAAGCCGCUUAUCAGCUGAUCCGCUAAGCCCGCUAAGCCGCUAAUAGCGCUAAUCCGCUAAACCGCUAAUGGGCUUGCUUCGCAAGACGAAAAAACCGCAAGACGAAGAGACUCGCGGAACGGAUUCUUUUCGUCUUGCGAGGCACCACUGUACAGUUUUCAAAUAAUAGCUCUGUGAGGGGAAUAGGGGCAUCUUAACAACUCUCAGCAUCCUCAAGGCCAAGAGUUAGCUCAGUUGGUUAGAACGUGGUGCUGGUAACGCCAAGGUCACGGGUUCGAUUCCUGUAUGGGCCACCUUCCUAUUCCUGCAUUGCAAGGGGAGUUGGACUAGAUAAUCCGUGGGUUCCUGGAUCCAACUCUGCAAUUCCAUGAUUCUUACGUACUUAACAAACGUCAGCUCCCAGAAUUCUUUGGCGGAAUUCAUGACUGUUUGAUGUGCUUUAAACGUACAGUGGUACCUCAGGGUACAUAUGCUUCAGGUUACAUACGCUUCAGGUUACAGACUCCACUAACCCAGAAAUAGUGCUUCAGGUUAAGAACUUUGCUUCAGGAUGAGAACAGAAAUCGUGCUCCGGCGGCGUGGCGGCAGUGGGAGGCCCCAUUAGCUAAAGUGGUGCUUCAGGUUAAGAACAGUUUCAGGUUAAGUACGGACCUCCGGAACGAAUUAAGUGCCACAGGGUUCUGUCUUGGGCCCGGUCUUAUUCAACAUCUUUAUCAACGACUUGGAUGAUGGACUCAAGGGCAUCCUGAUCAAAUUUGCAGAUGACACCAAACUGGGAGGGGUGGCUAACACCCCAGAGGACAGGAUCACACUUCAAAACGACCUUGACAGAUUAGAGAACUGGGCCAAAACAAACAAGAUGAAUUUUAACAGGGAGAAAUGUAAAGUAUUGCACUUGGGCAAAAAAAUGAGAGGCACAAAUACAAGAUGGGUGACACCUGGCUUGAGAGCAGUACAUGUGAAAAGGAUCUAGGAGUCUUGGUUGACCACAAACUUGACAUGAGCCAACAGUGUGAUGCGGCAGCUAAAAAGCCAAUGCAAUUCUGGGCUGCAUCAAUAGGAGUAUAGCAUCUAGAUCAAGGGAAGUAAUAGUGCCACUGUAUUCUGCUCUGGUCAGACCUCACCUGGAGUACUGUGUCCAGUUCUGGGCACCACAGUUCAAGAAGGACACUGACAAACUGGAACGUGUCCAGAGGAGGGCAACCAAAAUGGUCAAAGGCCUGGAAACGAUGCCUUAUGAGGAAUGGCUAAGGGAGCUGGGCAUGUUUAGCCUGGAGAAGAGGAGGUUAAGGGGUGAUAUGAUAGCCAUGUUCAAAUAUAUAAAAGGAUGUCACAUAGAGGAGGGAGAAAGGUUGUUUUCUGCUGCUCCAGAGAAGCGGACACGGAGCAAUGGAUCCAAACUACAAGAAAGAAGAUUCCACCUAAACAUUAGGAAGAACUUCCUGAGAGUAAGAGCUGUUCGACAGUGGAAUUUGCUGCCCAGGAGUGUGGUGGAGUCUCCUUCUUUGGAGGUCUUUAAGCAGAGGCUUGACAACCAUAUGUCAGGAGUGCUCUGAUGGUGUUUCCUGCUUGGCAGGGGGUUGGACUCGAUGGCCCUUGUGGUUUCUUCCAACUCUAUGAUUCUAAGUACUUAAUCUGAGGUAUCACUGUACGCUGUCAAUGUGGCCUAGAUGUGGACCAGCACUUUGUGAUUUCCCCCUUCAACAGUAUGAUCGGUGCUGAGGAGGAAUUUGAGAGGAGCUUAGCUGUAGAGCUCCUGUUUUGCAUGCAGAAGGUCUUAAACUUAAUCUUUGGCAUCUCUUCCAGGUCAGGCUGGUUGAGACUCUGGCCUGAAACCCUAAAGCAAGCAUAGGCAAACUGGGCCCUCCAGAUGUUUUGAGACUACAACUCCCAUCAUCCCUAGCUAACAGGACCAGUGGUCACGGGUGAUGGGAGAUGUAGUCCCAAAACAUCUGGAGGGCCGCGUUUGCCUAUGCCGGCCCUAGAGAGCUGCUGCUUCCAAUCAGAGAGCCCAAUACUGAGCUUGCUGGACCAAUGGCCUGACUUGGUAUUCAAGGUACCUUCCUGUGUUCUUAUUACUUGUUGUUGUUUUUUUUCUUCUUGGAAAAAGUUUUUGCUAGAUAUUGCGAGACAGAAGAACCAAACGCCGUUGCCUCUGAUAAAGCCGUACUCGGGCCCAAGGUUACCGCCGGAUAGAUACUGCCUCACAGCGCCAAAUUACAGGCUGAAGUCUUUUCAGAAGAAGGUAAGGAGCCUACCCAAAAUGGAAGAGUCUGUCUGCCACACACUCUCCCUGCUCACUGAACCCUGUAGCCUCUCCAGCUUCCGACAUCUCCUCCUCCUAGUCUUCUUCCUCUGUCUUUUAAAUUUUCUUUUAAUUAACGUUCUUAUGUCACAUAUGUAUACAUUAUCACAUUACAUCACAGGGCAUAUUAUAAUUUCCAACAUGUAUACAAAAUUUAUAUACCAAACUUGUGUACCUAAAGAAAGAAAAAACAGACAAAGCUGUUCCAAAAUCAUAUAUGUACCAACACUUUGGACUUCCUGUCUAUCCCGUUGUAUAUUCCUUUUUUACAAAUGAAUGUACUCUUAUUAUUAUAUAUUUAUUUACAUUUUAUCUAAUGCAUUCCUAUAUCAAUAUGUACCCUUAAUCUUAUUUCUCAACUCAAUUCCUCUCCAACGUCACUCGAAUGCUAGCAUAGAUAGCGAACCUUUACUAUAUUUUUGAACAUAUGUCUUAUAUCUAUCCCAUUUUCCCAUAAAUGUUUGUUUUGAGUUGCCUCUCAGGCUGUUUGUCAACUGUGCCAUUUCAGCAAAUUCUUGUUGUUUGUUAUGCCAGUCCGUUAUCGUCUUCUUCCUCUGUCUGCUCAUCGUCAUCUCACCACCGUUCCCGGUCUCUGAGCCUUUUCCUCCUGGGGUUUCCUUCCACCAUCCCUCCGCAUCCAACCAGCCCAUGACACAGUAUUACUGCAUGCUCGGCCCUCCCUUUUAAAACAGGCCGUUUUCUGAGCCAGUGACCCUGAAUGUCCUAUUUAUUGGGUGCUGCUUCGUUCCAGCUGACUUCCUCCGCGGCACGGAUCACGGUGCCACGACUGAGCGUUGGCGCCGUCACCAGCAGGCCCAGCACGCCAACGUUAGGCAAGUGUCAGCUUCUGAUUCUAUAGAAGACUACCUGACUUUUAGAAGAUGUCUGAAGGCAGCCCUGUUUAGGGAAGUUUUUAAUGUUCGAUGUUUUGUCGUGUUUUUAAUAUUCUGUUGGGAGCAUCCCAGAGUGGCUGGCUGGGGGAAACCCAGCCAGGUGGGCGGGGUAUAAAUAAUAAAUUAUUAUACAUUUAAAGCGCUCUUAUUCCACUUUAAACAGCCAUGGCUUCCCCCAGAGAAUCCUAGGAAGCAUAGUUUGUUGCUGAGAGUUGUUUGGAAGCCCUUAUUUCCUUCAUGGCAAUAUACCGUAUUUUUUGCUCUAUAAGACUCACUUUUCCCUCCUAAAAAGUAAGGGGAAAUGUGUGUGUGUCUUAUGGAGCGAAUGCAGGCUGCGCAGCUAUCCCAGAAGCCAGAACAGCAAGAGGGAUCGCUGCUUUCGCUGCCCAGCAAUCCCUCUUGCUGUUCUGGCUUCUGAGAUUCAGAAUAUUUUUUUUCUUGUUUUCCUCCUCCAAAAACUAGGUGCGUCUUGUGGUCUGGUGCGUCUUAUAGAGCGAAAAAUACGGUAAUUCCCAGAGCUUCCUAAGAAGAGGUUAAACCACUCUGGGAAUUGUAGUUCUGUGAGGGGAUUAGGACACGACUAAACAACAACAAACAAUUCUCAGCACCCUUAACAAACCACAGCUCCCAGAAUCCUUUGGGGAAGAAGCCAUUACUUUAACGUGUCACCAUCAUGCUCUAAAUGUAUAUUUUCAAUGUGUCCUAUGGCUGUUUGAUGAUAGUCGAAAUAAGAAGACGACUGAUAAAACACAGAUAGCAAGAGAAGAGGGGUGAGAGGUAAACAGCAGUUCCUGGGGGAAGCCAUGACUGUUAAGCGAUAAUCUACUUUAAAUGCAUAGUACAGAUGGAGCCUUAUUCUUCAUGUUUUUGACUGGCAACCUCCAUAUGUCAUCUUGGAUUUAAAAACAACGGGUUGCUGCUUCGAAACUGAAUCCUGGUUGUGUGAAUUUCAGGAACACCUUCGGCGCAGACGGUGUCCGUUUCAACGAAAGUUGGCACUCCCAUGCCUCUGACCGGUCAAAGAUUCACGGUGCAGAUCCCAACCUCCCAGACCUCCGUAAAAUCAGGUGAGAGCAAGCCACGCCACCAGGUGCUAUAGCUGCAAAGCUUUUCCUCGAAUGGGGGAACCAGGACUCUGAGGUCCAAAAGCUAAACCUUUUGGCGGGUGUGAAAAGUGUGAGCUCAAGUGUAAGGUAAAGGUAAAGGGACCCCUGACCGUUAGGUCCAGUCGCGGACGACUCUGAGGUUGCGGCGCUCAUCUCGCUUUACUGGCCGAGGGAGCCGGCGUCCAGCUUCCGGGUCAUGUGGCCAGCAUGACUAAGCCGCUUCUGGCGAACCAGAGCAGCGCACGGAAACGCCCUUUACCUUCCCACCGGAGUGAUACCUAUUUAUCUACUUGCACUUUGACGUGCUUUUGAACUGCCAGGUUGGCAGGAGCUGGGACCAAGCAACGGGAGCUCACCCUGUCACGGGCAUUCGAACCACUGACCUUCGGAUCGGCAAGCCCUAGGUUCUGUGGUUUAGACGACAGCGCCACCCGCGUCCUUUGAGCUCAAGUGUGCCUUCUCUUUAUUUGCAAGGUUUGGAGGGGGGCUGUUUGUGCGUGUUCCACCUCGCACCCUUAUGUGGAAAACUCCUGGAGAAGAAUGAGGGGUAGGGGCUGUUCUGUUAGCAUCUGAUUUCUUUCCGCAGGGCCUGCAAGACAGAGCUGUUCCGCCUGGCCUUUGGUUGAGACUCAGUCUGACCUUUAUGUUUCCCUCCCUUUAUGUGAUCUAUGGGUUACUUUUAAAAUGAGGCUGCAUUUUAAAUUGCAUUUUAACCUGUAUUUUAAAUUGUUUUAUUUUUCAUUUUUCCCUAUUAUGUUUUUACUGUAACUUUUACUGGUGUUAGCCGCCCGAGCCCGGAUCUGGCCGGGGAGGGCGGGGUAUAAAUAAAAUUUAUUAUUAUUAUUAUUAGGCAAGUAGCUCACUGACCAGGCAAUCUGCCAGCUUUCAGCUAGCCCCACCUACCCGUCUUCCUUCUUGCAACUAGUCAGAGCAGGCAUAGGCAAACUCGGCCCUCCAGAUGUUUUGCGACUACAACUCCCAUCAUCCCUAGCUAACAGGACCAGCGGUCAGGGAUGAUGGGAGUUGUAGUCCGAAAACAUCUGGAGGGCCAAGUUUGCCUAUGCCUGGAUCAAAUGGUGGUUCUUCUUAUCAUUGGCUUUGAUUCAUCCUACUGCUGGUCUCUGUGCUUCUUGCCUUGCCAGCCCCAGUGGGCACUAGCCGCUGCUGAGAAUAAGGAUGGGCAGACCAUUUGCUUCUCUUGAACCUAAGGCAGAGGAGCUGUUGUGAAGGCUGACAUCCAUUUCUAGCCAGAGGACGAAACCCCAUACCUGUGCCACCUUCUUGGAGGGUAGGCUAUUGGGUUGUUGUUCGUAUUUUUAUUAGGUAUUUUGUGGUUUUAUACAGUCAUACCUCGGGUUACAGCUGCUUCAGGUUGCGUUUUUUUGGGUUGUGGACCGCCGAAACCCAGAAGUACUGGAACGGGUUACUUGCGGGUUUCGGCACUCACGCGUGCGCAGAUGCGCUACAUCACGCUUUGCGCAUAAGCACCGAAUCACAACUCGUGCGUGCGCAGAUGCGGGUUGCGAACGCUGCAGGUUGCGAACAUGUAUCCCGCACGGAUCACGUUCGCAUCCCGAGCAUCCACUAUAUCUUGAUUUCAUUCUGUGGACCGCCCCAAGUCCCCUGGGUAUAGGGCGGUAUAUAAAUUCAAUAAAUAAUACAGUCAAACCUCAGUUGUUGAACGUAAUCUGUUCCGGAAGACCGUUGGACUUCCGAAACGUCAGAUGACCGAAAACUGAAAGUGGAAGCCUCAAUACAGUAGGGCAGGGGUGGCCUGCUUCCGAGAGACUGCGAUCUACUCACGGAGUUAAAGACUGGCAGUGAUCUACCCCCUUUUUGGGGGUUCAGAUCAAAGUUGUCAAGCUUUUUUGAGGAAGGAGAAAGGCCUGUUUCUUUGGGGUUCAGGUCAAAGUUGCUGAGGUUUUUUUAGGGAGGAGUAAAGCCCCGUUUUGAGGGGGGUGCAGGGCUUUUUUUUUAGGGGAGCCAAACUUGUUGAGCUUCUUUGGAGGGAGCCAGUGAUCUACCACAGACGUCCAGUGAUCUACCGGUAGAUCACGAUCUACCUGUUGGACAUGCCUGCAAUAGGGAAGCGCAAAACGGAAGCCAUGUGGCAUGUUCGGCUUCCGAAAAUCGUUUGAAAACGGGAGCAGUUACUUCCUGGUUUUCAGCGUUCGGGAGCCGAAAUGUUCAAAAAUGGAGGUUUGACUGUAAUAAUAAUAAAAAGUGCAGCUCUGAGAAACGCUGAAUGAAAAAGGUUGAUGCAAGUUUAUUGGCUGAGAAUAAUGGCUGUUGCGGAAGCCACUUUCAUGGGUUCCACAGGCCUGCAAAGUACACAGGUUUUCUAUAGAGGCACCCCCUCGCCUUAACUUCACAUAUGCUUAGAAAUUUAGUCACCUUCACAGAGCAAAAGCAUGCCUGUCUUAUCAGAGCUGCAUUCCUCUGUGCGAAAAACAGGGUGUUUACUCUUCACCCAGCUGCCUCAAGGCUGUUUCUCCUGCAAAAAAUAUUUCCGGCGCAUCCUUAACUCAGUCUGGAUAGAGGGAGCCAGCUGGUCUCCUUACACUGAAGUUGAAUGUUGGAAGAUUCAGGGCAGAUUAGGAACAAAGUACUUCUUUGUGAGGCACACAGCUGUAACUAUGGCACUUUCUGUCACUAAUUCUACUCAAUAUCGAUCCAGAGCAGAACUCUGACGUACAGUUAGCAGAGCAAAAACUUAAAACACGUUGCAGGAUUCCCCAAAAAAUAGACGAAAGGCAAUUAAUAUUUCAUCCAGCAGAGCUUUAUUGCUACUUAAGGCAAAUGAGCAUAAUGGUCACAAAUCCAAUGCGUUCAGGAUUGGCACCGUCCAUAAGAAAUCCAGUUGCUGCAGACUUAACUUAAACAUACAAUAACUUAUAAUAAGACUAAACCUUAACACUGUAUAGAGAAUUGGCAGAGCUGAAUGGAAAUUUGGUUUUUAAGAAGUAAAAAUUUAAAUGUUAUAUUAGGAUUAAGGAUUGGGAUUAAAAAAGAGGGAAAGAAACUGCUGGACAAACAAACUGAACUGGAAUACAAAAGAGGGAGGUACGAGGAGGUCCAGAAAAUAAGUAAAUUUUAAAAAUGGUGAGGAAAAGGUGGUAUUGUUUUUAAAUGUUUUCUUUUUUUUGUCUUCUGUUUUUUGUUUUGUUUUUAGAUUAUGUAUUGUGUAUUUUUGAACUGUGUGUUUUUCUUUUUUUCUUUUUAAUUUCUUAUUGAUGUGUUCUUUUUAUUGGAAACCUUAAUAAAUAUCAUUUUUUUUUUAAAAAAAGAGAAUUGGCAGAGCUGAUUGGGAGAAUCAAAAACCAGCGUGAUGGAGCUUUCCAAAAAGACUGGAGUAAAUUUGCAUAAUAUUUGAAGGAUAAUUGAAGAACAAUUAACAACACUAGCGGGGUUGUUAAGAAAAGACCUGUAACAAUGAUUUCUGCCUUUUUAUAUUUACUCAAAAUUUGUGAUAAUUGGAAUAAGUGAAAUGUAAAUUGGAAGAGGUACAAAUGCUAGGAUAUAGAAGUGAAUUAUGAGAACCAUGAGGCGGGAGGGAGGGAAGUCGAUUAGCUCAUAUGAGCAAAGAGUUAAGGUAACAAUAAGGAUGUAUUUAAAUAUUAUAAAAUGGAAAUGUAAUUAAUUUUUUUAAAAAAAACAAACAACCCACUGUAUACAAAACACCACACCAGAAGGAAGAGAGAUAGAAAGAGAAAGUGUGAAAUCCAAGCUCCUUCUGGCCUUGUUAUUACAGUAAGCAAGACCUUGGCAGAAAGACAUAACAGGACCAGUUUAAGCCAGCUGUACUCGGCUUCUCUGAAGGAAUAACUGAAAACAUUACAAACCUUCAGCUUGUUUCUUUCACACAGAGAAAAGCUCUCAGAACCCUCUUGAAUUAAUUAGAAUAGGAAAGAUCUCUACACAUCAGAUCAAUAUUUUCUUUUCUUCUACUUUAUUUUCAGUGCGAAAUUAGAACAAAAAUUACAAACAGAAAAUCCAAAAAGGAAAAGGAAAAACAAAACAAAAAGAACAAAAAACAAACCUACAAAGAAAACCAUACCAUUAUAACAAACUUUACGUACAUAUACACAUAUACAUUGACUUCCUUCCUCUGUUUUGAGACUUCAGAAUUUUUAAUCGUUCUGAAUUGUUGUGUCUAAUGUAAAUUACCUCUAUCUUUAUACCAUUUGCACCGUUUUUUCAAUUUCUUUAACCCUGCAAAGCUUCAUUCAUUACAUACCGAUAUAUUUACUCCAGAACAAUGUUUAUUUCAUGCAGUCUUUGACACAAUCCCAUUCUUCUGCUGAUUUUUGGUCCAGUUGUCCCCUUAAGAAUGCUGUAAAUCUUGCCAGAUUUAUAUAUUCACAAAGUUUAAUUUGCCAUUCUUUUACUGAUGAGGUCCCGUCCCCCCAGCUUUUUGCUAUGAGCAUCCUGGCAGCUGUUGUUGCAUAGAGGAAUACUUUCCUUUGAUUGCCUGGAAUAUCAAUAUUUUCUGUGCCAAGAAAUGCAAACUGACACUUGUUUCCGCGUGUGGCGGUGAUGACCAACAACCUAGAUGGCUUUGAAAGAGGGUUAAGCAAAUUCAGGGAGGAGAGGGCUGUGCUUGUGUCUCUUCCUGAAUGCUGGCUGCAGAGGGUGCAAUUCUGCCCAGGUCCUUGCUGGUUUGCCAUAGGCAACCAGUUGGCCACUGUGAAAACAGGAUGCUGGACUAGAUACACCAAUGGCCUGAUCCAGAAGUCAGACUCUUGUGUUCUUAUGAGGCAUGGAAACAGAUAAAAAGCGAAGCAGCAAAGUAAGUCUGCUGCAACUGGAUUUCUUGUGGACAGUGCCAAUCCUGAAUGUAUUGGAUUUCUGACUACUAUGCACAUUUGCCUUCAGUAGCAGUAAAGCUCUGCUGGAUGAAAUACUAAUUGCCUUUAGUCUAUUUUUUGGGGAAUCCUGCUUGCUCCUUCCACUUCCUAGCUAUAAUAACUCAUGCAGCUGGCAAUAAAUUUGUGAGCAAGUCCUUCAUAGCCUGCGAACCUUCCACCCCAUCGUAAAUCGAUAAUCAUUAUACCUCUGGACUUUUGAUCAGCUUUAACCCAGUGGUUUCUGUUAUCUCCUUAAACACCCUUUGCCAAAAAACCUGUACAUGUGUACACCCCCACAUGUGAACGUAAUUCCCUAUUUCCUGGCAUCCCCUCCAACAUAGCACUGAAUAUUCCUUGUUUAUUUGAUUUAAUCUGACUGGUGUUAAAUACCAUCUCCAAACUAAUUUACAAUAAUUUUUUUUAUUCUUAUAGACAACAUUAUCAAUGUACAUUUCUCCCAUAUUUCCCCCCAGCUUUGACUAUCUAUAUCUAUCUAUCUAUCUAUCUAUCUAUCUAUCUAUCUAUCUAUCUACCGUAUUUUUUGCUCUAUAAGACUCACUUUUUCCCUCCUAAAAAGUAAGGAGAAAUGUGUGUGCGUCUUAUGGAGCGAAUGCAGGCUGCGCAGCUAUCCCAGAAGCCAGAACAGCAAGAGGGAUUGCUGCUUUCACAGUGUAGCGAUCCUUCUUGCUGUUCUGGCUUCUGAGAUUCAGAAUAUUUUUUUUCUUGUUUUCCUCCUCCAAAAACUAGGUGCGUCUUGUGGUCUGGUGCGUCUUAUAGAGCGAAAAAUACGGUAUAUCUACCUAUCAUAUAUCUAUCUAUCUAUCCCUCCAUGUAUCCAUCUAUCUAUCAUUCUUGAUUUUUGGCAUACAGACAGGCAGUAUAACUAUCUAACAAAUAUCCUUCCCUUUCUCCUCCUCAGCGACUCCAACUACCCCCACAGUCCAGAAUGUGCUGAUCAACCCUUCCCUGAUCGGGUCCAAAAACAUCCUCAUCACCACCAACAUGGUGUCGCAGGGCAGCUCUGGCGAGGCGAACACUUUGAAGAGGAAGCACGAGGAAGACGACGACUACGAUAACUUGUGAAAGGGAACGCUCACCUUUUUUUGCCUUAGUUGUGGCGCUUCCACCUCUCCCUCUCCAGAAGCCUUCAAGAAUGGAGGGGAUGGAGGGGCAGAAGACAAGCAUAUGGCUCUACUCUCCCAGUUGGCUACAGUCUAGCUGCAGUGGACCCAAACUGGGACUGAUGGGAGCUUAGAUGGAAAACAUGUGGAAGCCCUUAGAUGGUGGAAGGCUUAGCACAAGAGCUUUGGAAAAAGUUGAUUCUCCUCCUGGCAUAGCCCAUUCCUCCGAUCUCUCUUGGAAUUAAAAGAAGCAGCACCUGUGGAUCUGUUCUGGUGGUACUCUUGUUUCCUACAUGUCUUUCUUGGAUGGGGGUUGCGGGGGGAAGAGUGCAGUUUUUUCUUCUUUCAAAUAUUUUUUAUUGGUUUUUACAUCUAUUUUCUUUGCAUAACAUCAUAACAGCCUUUCCCCCCAAAAUAAAACAUUUGGCUCCAUGAGCCAGUAACUUUCCCUCCUCCCUGACUAGUGGUUUUCAAACUUAAACUCUAUACCUUGCAUUUUCCUCUAUUUCUUAUUCCUGCUAAAUCUUACCCUUACAUAAUUCCUUACUUAACUACAAUAAGUAAUAAAUUUAUCCUUACAAAGCUUCCUGUAACCUUACUAGUGAUGUUAAUUGUUUACAGUUGUCCUUCAGAUAUAACAUGAAUUUGUUCCAGUCUUUCUGGAAAGCCUGGUACUGUUGGUUCCGGAUUUUUUCCCGUCAGUUUCACCAAUUCUGCACAGUCCAUUAAUUUCAUCUGCCACUUUUCUUUCGUUGUUACAUCUUCUUGCUUCCAUCUUUGGGCUAAUAACAUUCUUGCCGCUGUUGUCGCAUAUAAAAACCAUGUUUUAUCCUGCUUACAUGUUUCUCUACUUACUAUACCUAAUAGGAAAGCUUCUGGUUUGGUUUUUUUUAAAGUAUAUUUCAACAUUUUAAAAAGUGCAUUAUAAUACAUUUCCCAGAAAGCUUUCACCUCCUUACAAGACCACCACAUAUGGUAAAAGGUUCCAUCUUUUUCUUUACAUUUCCAACAUAAAUUGUUCUAUACAUUUUUGCUAAUUUCACUGGUGUUGGGUACCAUCUAUACAUCUUUUUCAUAACAUUUUCUUUAAGCGAACUGCAAGCAGUAAGGGACAGUGCUGUUUUGACAAAGCUGGUUCUGGAAGCAAUCUGGUUUCACGUUGCCAGGGAGUGUGUGAUGGGAAAACACCUGCGUCUCAAGCUCCCCCCCCCCUUUUAGAAAUACUGAGGGGAAGAAUAACAACAUCAUUAUACCCUUUGCUUUGGAGAGCUGUGUGUGUGAGAGAUGAGUUCAAUAUAAUAUAUAGUUAAUAUACAUGUGGGAAAUGGGGGGGAAGCAGAUUUCCCUCUCCAUUUUUGUGUGUGAUUGUUAUUUUCCCAGCCUCGUUAUUCUUGAAAACCUCCUCGCCAUGUAAUACCUGUUCUAGUAAACAAAGCUUUUUCUCAGAA